CAUUUUCAGGUGAUCAGGAAGUUUCUCCCCAUAUUUUUCUUGACUAUUUACUUCCUGCCGAUACUGACCACGUGGUUCCUCUAUCCAGCAACCACUUAUUUAAGAAUCGGACCACAAAUACCGGCUUUCGGUUAUGGAGCAGGCUUUGACUACAAGAAAGUUUAUCCAAACGUUUGUGUUUCUUUACUCUUGAUUUUUUGUCCGUACUCAGUACUUGUGUAUCAGUACUUUUUAGACAUGAUAUGUAACCGCUCUAUUGCAGUGGAGGAACAGCCUGUGCAUUGUGCUUGCCACCUGCACCUGCUCAAUCGUCUUUCUGGUGUGCUAUGUUCUAAUAAUGGGAGCACUGCAGUGGUGAAAGCCGAGCGGUCGCUGUCGUUUCUCACCUUCACCACUUGUAUUUGCAUGCUCACCCUCGCUUUCACAAAUUUGUGCUUCUUACUUUAUUACGACAUUCUUUUGGAGUACAUGCUUCGACCAUUUCAAGUGGACUUGCUCUUAUUUCUGCCAAUAUGGGUACUGUACUUCACACAUCCGGCUUUCAAACGGAGCAGCACAACUUCUGCGUCGGUCAAUGUCGUGGUCUCAACUUUUCACUCUCCCAAACAGAAAGUUUCUCUAAAAUGGGCAUCAACUGCGACCCUCUAA